UGGGCCGUAAAGCCCAGUUAGUAAAUGGCCCAAUGUUAACACUAGCUAAAGCUAUCUCGGUUGCUUUUGGAAACGCUCGAGGAAGACGAUGACGAUGACGUUCUACGCUCUCUCUUCAUCUUCUUUCUGCCACAAUACUCGCAUUCCUGCUAUCAGCUUCUCUCAUCUGUCUCGUAAUUAUCACCUUAAUGGUGUUACUAAGCUUACAGUUGCUCCACCACAGUUUUGUAAUGCCGGCGGGAGCCUCCGUGGUCAGUUCCCGAGUGUGAGACUUAGGGUUCCGACGAGGUGCGAGAAAGAAGAUGCACAGAAGGGUGAGGUAGAGGAUGAGGCGGAGCGAUUCGCGAGGCGUGAGAGCACGAUGCCUGAUAGAUUCGGAUACUUGACCAAAGAAGCUCAAGACAGUCUUAUUAGAUGGCCUUGGUUUGUCGCGUUAGCGUUUCUGGUGUAUGCGUGGAGAGCAGUCUUGUUUGAACUAUCCAACUGGAGAAAAGCUGUUUUCGCCAUCGGUGGAUUACUUGAAGACCUUUCCAAGUUUGCAUUGGCCCUCGUCUUCCACUUUACAGGCGAUCCCAUCACUUCUCUCAUCUCUCUUGUUGAGACUGCAAUCUACAGCGUCCGGGAGUUUUACUCCGGGAUUGUUGCAUACACACCUGUGAGAGAGUUAACCACGGUGAUCCUUCUUGCGUCCUCUGUGCUUGCAAUAGGAGAAACAGUUGCUCCAAACUCUAUCAGCAAGCAGCCGUAUGUGAUUACUCUUGCUGGUCUAUUGGGGUAUGCAGCUGUGCAUGGCUAUAUCUCAGAGCCAUUCUUCUGGACUUUGUUGGUGGGUUUUUAUGGAUAUUCGCGGUUGUUAAAGAAGAGAGACCAUGUGACCUCGGCGCUACCUUGUGCAGCUGUUCUGGCAGGAGUUGGGGAGCCUUGGGUGAGAGUUGUGGCAAUCACAGGGUAUUUAGCUCUAGCCAUGUAUUACCAUUCAACAAAGACCUCAUCUGAAGAAGAGAGACAGAGCUUAGGGAAGGAGCCACCAGUGCCGUUAUUGGCCGCGGCCUUGGCCAUUGGCGUCCGGCUUGCUGCAAAAUGGGCUGGUUACAGGCACUUGACUUGGAUGAUAGUUUGAUUUUUCCGAUUCAAGUUUUGUGAAACAAAGAAACCAACUAAACUACAUUUUUCCUUAAAUAAUUAUAUUGAUAAUAAUAAACGUAAUACAAAUACAAAAACUUAUAACUUAA